AGCAAUAAAGGCCCCUGAACUUGUAUGUUGGUCUCCCUGGAGCUACUCGCCGAAGAUCCGCGCCCCUGUCGCCGUCUGGUAGGAGCUGUUUGCAGGGUCCUAACUCAAUCGGCUUGUUGUGAUGCGUAUCCCCGUAGAUGCCAGCACGAGCCGCCGCUUCACGCCGCCUUCCACCGCGCUGAGCCCGGGCAAGAUGAGCGAGGCGCUGCCGCUGGGCGCCCCGGACGCCGGCGCCGCCCUGGCCGGCAAGCUGAGGAGCGGCGACCGCAGCAUGGUGGAGGUGCUGGCCGACCACCCCGGCGAGCUGGUGCGCACCGACAGCCCCAACUUCCUCUGCUCCGUGCUGCCCACGCACUGGCGCUGCAACAAGACCCUGCCCAUCGCUUUCAAGGUGGUGGCUCUGGGGGAUGUCCCCGAUGGCACUCUGGUCACUGUGAUGGCAGGCAAUGAUGAAAAUUACUCAGCUGAACUGAGAAAUGCCACCGCAGCCAUGAAAAACCAAGUUGCGAGAUUCAAUGACCUCAGGUUUGUCGGUCGGAGCGGAAGAGGGAAAAGCUUCACUCUGACCAUCACCGUCUUCACAAAUCCACCGCAAGUUGCCACUUACCACAGAGCCAUCAAAAUCACAGUGGAUGGACCCCGAGAACCUCGAAGACAUCGUCAGAAACUAGAUGAUCAGACCAAGCCCGGGAGCUUGUCCUUUUCUGAGCGGCUCAGUGAGCUGGAGCAGCUGCGGCGAACGGCCAUGAGGGUCAGCCCACACCACCCAGCCCCCACACCCAACCCUCGGGCCUCCUUGAACCACUCCACUGCCUUUAACCCUCAGCCUCAGAGUCAGAUGCAGGACACAAGGCAGAUCCAGCCAUCCCCACCGUGGUCCUAUGAUCAGUCCUACCAAUACCUGGGAUCAAUCGCCUCACCUUCUGUACACCCAGCAACACCCAUCUCACCUGGACGGGCCAGUGGCAUGACAACCCUCUCUGCAGAGCUUUCCAGUCGACUCACAACGGCCUCCGACCUGACGGCCUUCGGCGACCCGCGCCAGUUCCCCGCGCUGCCCUCCAUCUCAGACCCUCGCAUGCACUACCCCGGCGCCUUCACCUACUCCCCGACGCCCGUCACGUCGGGCAUCGGCAUCGGCAUGUCGGCCAUGAGCUCGGCCACGCGCUACCACACAUACCUACCGCCGCCCUACCCCGGCUCGUCGCAGGCACAGGGCGGCCCCUUCCAGGCCAGCUCACCCUCCUACCACCUGUACUACGGCGCCUCAGCCGGCUCCUACCAGUUCUCCAUGGUGGGCGGCGAGCGCUCGCCGCCGCGCAUCCUGCCGCCGUGCACCAACGCCUCCACCGGCUCCGCACUGCUCAACCCCAGCCUCCCGAACCAGAGCGACGUGGUAGAGGCUGAGGGCAGCCACAGCAACUCGCCCACCAACAUGGCGCCUGCCGCGCGCCUCGAGGAGGCCGUGUGGCGGCCCUACUGAGGGCCUCGCGGCGGCCGGGCGGCAGGAGCGCGCCUGCCCAGGCCCAGCCCUCGCCGGGGAGAGCCCGCGAACGCGGGGUCCGCGGCCGGCGCUGGGGAGGGGGCGGGCCCCUGCGAACUGGGUUCUGGGAUCUAGCUCCGGUCUGCGCCCCCCCUAGGCCCUAGGGCCGCCUACGCCACCCGAGGCCGUACGGAGCGCCUGAGCGCCGUCACCGUGGGCCCGGCUCACCUUUUCCGAAGCUUGACCCAACCUGAGGGUGUCCGUCUCGCCACCACGCGGACGCGUCGUAAGGCAAACAGGAAGAUUCCCAGAGGGAAACUGUGAAUGCUUCUGAUUUAGCGAUGCUGUGAAUAAAAGAAAGAUUUUAUACCCUUGACUUCACUUUUUAACCAAGUUGUUUAUUCCAAAGAGUGGAAUUUUGGUUUGGGUGGGGGCGGGGAAUGCAACUCCUCUUGUUUGGUAUCUAAUUCAUAUUUUUUAAUUUUCUUUUCCAGCACCUUAUGAAUUGCAAAAUUCGUAUUUGCAUUUGGGGUGGUUUUUAUUUUUAUAUAUAUAUAAAUUUGAG